GAGCACUGAAGGACAGCAGAGUGACUGACCCACAGGCAGCAUAAUGGAUGGGGACGCAACUCCACCACCGCCUCCCAUGGGCAGGGGGGGACGGGGAGCAGCUAUCUUGCGGGCACUCCAGUCCAUGUCUUGGCAGCCAGGAACAGCUGGCUCUAGUCUGCCCGGACAGCAACCAGCUUUGCCUCCACCUGUUGUGACAGGAGGAGCAGGAGUCCAGACCUCAGAGAGCGCAGGAGCCUCGGCCCUAUCUUCCCCUAGGAGUCCCAGCAGCUCCAGCAUCGGGUCGUCGGGGAGCAGCCGUGGGGCCCUCCUGUACCACCUGAUCAAGCAGAAGAGUGGCCACAGGGCUGACUCGCUUCAGUCUCCCUCGGGGGACAGUUCUUCCGCGGCGCCAAAGACAGCAAAGGGACGCGGCCGUGCAGAGAUCCUGCAGGCACUCAAGGUGGGCUCGCUCACAUCUCUCCCAGGAGCCAAACCUCUGAGAGCUGACAUGCAAGACUCUAGCUCACAGUCCUCUUCUGUAACGGAAAGCAUGCAGCAACUGAACAUUUCUGAGCCCCAAGAGCGUGAGGCUGUCAUGAACAGAGGAACAAGUGGAUUGAAGUUCUCUGCUACGUCGAGCUGGAUUCGACUCUCAGUGAACCCUGAAAAGGCAGUGUUUGAGUACGAAGUCAAGUUUGAACCUCAGGUCGACGCUCGGAACCUGCGCUUCCACCUUCUCAACACUCAGAGGGAAAAGCUGGGAUCUGUUAAGAGCUUUGAUGGUGUAAUGCUCUGGCUUCCAGCACACUUACCUAGUGAGAUCACCCUCUUCCACGCCCCCCACCCCAUCACAAAGGAGACCAUUACGAUGAAGGUGGUCUUCAAGAAAAGGACGUCCAUGGACAAGUGCGUCCAGCUCUACAACGUCCUGUUUGGCCGCAUCAUGAGGAUCCUCAAGAUGGCCAAGGUGGGCCAGAACUACUACGCUCCCAGCGGAUCCGUUCUUGUUCCUCAGCACAAGCUAGAGAUCUGGCCUGGGUACGUGACAGCUGCGCAUUACAGGGAAGGAGGCGUCAUGCUGUGUGUAGAUGUCUCGCAUAGGGUUCUGCGCACACAAACCUGCUAUGAGCUUAUGUCUGAAAUCUUCAACAACCGCCGAGGCCAGUUCAAGGACCACGUGAUUAAGGCUCUGGUGGGAAGCAUUGUCCUCACGCGCUACAACAACCAAACUUAUCGCAUCGAUGACAUCCUCUUCGACAAGAAUCCAAGGUCGACCUUCACCAACUCGAAGGAGGAGGAGGUGUGUUAUAUGGACUAUUACAAGAAUGCAUAUAACAUCACCAUCAAGGACCCACAGCAACCUCUUCUGCUCCACAGAGUGCGAAAGAAGGAACUGAAGGACCAGGGCACGACCAAGUUUCUGUGCCUGAUCCCAGAACUGUGCUACAUGACAGGCCUGACAGAUGACAUGCGUUCCGACUUCCGUGUCAUGAAGGACAUUGCGCAACACACUCGCAUCACGCCUAAUGUCAGGCAUGCCUCUCUUAGAACCUUUGUCAGGAAUGUCAAUGGAUCCUCAGAAGCUUGGCAGGUCCUGGCUGACUGGGGCUUAGCUCUGGAUGACGACACUUUCACAAUGGAAGGGCGAAUUCUUACCCCGGAGACGAUCCACUUUGGCACGAGGGAAGUGCCUGGGACGGAAAACGCAGACUGGGGGAGAGAGUCGGCCAGAGAGAAAGUGAUUGUGCCUGUCGACCUCCGGCCACAGUGCUGGCAGAUCUUCUUCACGGCGAGGGACGAGGCGCGUGUCUUCAAGUUCUCAGAGAUGAUCCGACAGGUCACGCGCUCCAUGGGCAUUCAGGUGGGCCCCCCCCAGAUGAUCCGCCUCCCGGACGACAGGAUCGAGAGUUAUGUCAACGGGAUCAAGCAACACUUCCACGAGAGGCUACAGCUGGCAGUUAUCAUCUUCCCAGCCCAGCGCGAGGACCGGUAUUCAGCUGUGAAGCGCCUGGCCUGUGUGGACCUUGGCUUGCCCACACAGUGCAUCAACUCACGCACCAUCAGUCAGGAGAACAGACUGCGUUCUGUCACACAGAAGAUUGCACUGCAGAUCAAUUGCAAGUUGGGUGGGGAGCUCUGGGCUCUCAAGAUCCCAAUGACGGGACUUAUGGUGUGUGGUGUGGAUGUGUACCACGACCCCCUCCGUCGUGGGGCCUCUGUGGUAGGCUUUGUGGCGUCGACCAACCAGACGCUGACCCGGUGGUUCUCGCACGUCAGCUUCCAGCAUCCUGGCGAUGAGAUCGUCCAUGGCCUCAAGAUCUCGCUCCUAGAGGCGCUUAGAGGUUACCAUAGGCAACACCACUCCCUCCCCCGCACCAUCAUCAUCUACCGCGACGGUGUGAGUGAGGGCCAGAUGCGGGUGGUGGAGGAGCACGAGUUACCACAGCUGGCCACCAUCUUCCAGCACUUCGACUCGUAUGAGCCCAACUUCUCGUUCGUCGUCGUGCAGAAGAAGAUCAGCACCAGAAUCUUCGCCUCACUGAAUUCGGAGCUGGACAACCCUCCGCCGGGAUCCAUCAUAGACCACAGCAUCACACAUCGUUAUUGGUACGACUUCUUCCUGGUGUCGCAGCAUGUACGGCAGAGCACAGUGGCACCCACACACUACGUGGUCCUCCGUGAUGGUGGGAAUCUCAAGGUGGACAAUAUGCAGAGGCUGGCAUAUAAACUCACGCACCUCUAUUACAACUGGCCUGGCACUGUUAGGGUACCGGCGCCAUGUCAGUAUGCACACAAGCUGGCUUACCUCAUAGGGCAGAAUGUGAGGAAAGAACCUUCAGAUACACUCUGUGACAAGCUCUUCUUCCUCUGAAGUGGCUUCUGUUCUCAGCUGAAAAAUAGAGAGCGAGAUGACUGAAAAGAAUUUCUAUAUGCAAAAGGGUUUAUUUACAUAUAGUGUUUUCUUCUGAUAUUCUAUCAGCCCAGUAUAGCGCGUUUGUCAUUCAGAGCAGAAGGUGGAGCAGCGAGAUUUUUCCUAGACAAAAUUUCCCUAAUUAUGUUCCUUUUGUGGAGAACAUACCAUCUGUUAAAGAUAUAUUCCAGAAUCUGUUAAGUUUGAGUACUGCGUCACAUUCUGUUUGAGUAAUGGAUAUUGUCUGCAGUUAGUACUAUAAUUCCAUGGUGUAUAUUGGCCCCAUCUGUAUGUCAUGUGAAUGGUAUGCAAGGGAGCCAUUUUAGAUAUUUUGGAAUUAUAAUGUUAGAUUAUCCUUAGUGAAGAAAUAUGGAACAUUAUGUGAUAUAUAUUGUGAUAAUGGAAUUUUGCAGAAGCUGGAGUUUUUAAAGUAAAUUUGUUAAUUCAGUUUUGUUAGUCUAUAGAAGUAGACUUUGUUUUUAAUUAAAAGAUUUUUUUUUUUUGUUAAAUUAAGAAAUGAUUUAAUUUUAUGAGUAAACACCAGUUUCCAAGAAGUUUAGAUUUAAGUUAUGAAAUAGAGUUAAUUGUAAUAUGAAGUUUCAUUAAUGUAAUGAAUAUUCUUGUAGAUUUUUUUUUCUUUUUUUUUUCUUUUUCUUUUUCUUCUUCAUCGCAAUCAUUAUAGUGUUUGAUUUGAUGAAUGAGAUAUAGUUGUUAUCUAGUCAGCCAGCAGUUAAAUUUAUUUUGUUUUUUAAAAUUUCGGUUUUGUGCCAUUGUGAUUUUAAAAAAUCUAAGUCAGUUGAGAUUAAGUAACAGGUGUUUUUUUUUUUGUGUGUAUGUGGAUGUACGUGAGUGUACAGGUGGGUGUGCAUGUGCGCGUAUAUAUGUGUGAUAUGGUGUACACCUGUUCUGAUACUUGAAUAUCAAAUACAAAUGUGAAUUAGACUUG